CGGAAGGAUUUAUUGGUGCACACUACAGGAUACUUGCUGUUGUGGUGAAUUCGAAGAGGUAAACAUCUAACCGAGGAGCUAUGUAAGUCUGUACCUAUUGUCCAAUAAUGUAGCGAAACUGUCGCUGAAACUCGUGUAUUGAAGAAGGCCACCUUUGUGACUUCUUUGUGGAUAACAAUGGCGGACUGGAGCCCGAUAGCGAAGGUGUACGACUCGCUGAAAGCUGGCAGCAUCGACGGCACGGAUGUGGAGCCCCAUGACCGGGCGGUAUGGAGGGCUAUGGGUGCCCGCUAUAAACCCAACAAAGGCGUUGUUGGAGACCCACACCUCACCCUGUUUGUGUAUCGACUGAACCCGCUGACAACUGAGGAUAAGCUGCACCAAGUGUUCUCCAAGUACGGAGACAUCCAACGGCUCCGGCUGGUCCGGGACAUCGUCACGGGCUUCUCCAAAGGGUACGCCUUCAUCGAGUACAAGGAGGAGCGCUCUGUGGUCCGGGCCCGCCGGGACGCCAACAAAUUGGUGGUCGACCAGCACGAAGUGUUUGUGGAUUUUGAACAAGAGAGGGCGCUUAAGGGCUGGGUCCCCCGGCGACUCGGCGGCGGGCAGGGAGGGAAGAAAGAGUCCGGACAGCUGCGGUUCGGCGGCAGAGACAGACCGUUCCGCAAACCCAUUAACCUCGGGGUCGGUCCGGUGCAGGACUGGGGAGGAGGAGGAGGAGGAGGAGGAGGCGGCGGCGGUGGUGGUGGUGGUGGUGGAGGAGGGAGGGAGUGGGAUCGACAGGGGACGAGAGACAGGGAGGACCGGGACCGACACAGAGAGGCCGAGUGGGGCAGCAGAGGGAGGAGAGAUGACCGGGACAGAGAGCGGGAUGACCGCAGACAGGGAGACAGGAGCCGGUACCGGGACAGGAGAUGACGAUCACAUUUAAGACACUGGAUUAAACUCCUUAGUACUGAUCUCACCUUUCGAUCCACAGACCAGCUUCCUGCUUCAUAUGGAGGACUUUAUAGCCUGUAAGGACUAUGGACCAUAAGCAGUUCAAUAACAAAUGACACGUUUCCUGGUUAUGUUCAUCAGAUUGCACUGCAUGGUGAUGAGAUGUCAUUUCCAGAUGGUUCUCUUGAGUAUUUCUCAAAAAUCUGACAUAGUAAAUGCUUUUGUACUUUAGAUUGAGCAUCAAAAACUGUUUAUUAAAAUUCACCAUAUAUAAAAAAAAAAUACACUGUACAUUGUUUUAAAAUCAGAAUCGGCUGCUAAUUAUACAUUUCUUUAUUUUUAGUAUCUGCAAAGUACCUGUAAAUAUAAUUGAAUCUGUUACACAUUUUCUCUCUUCAUAAGUCCGAUGAUUCUGUUUCUGACACAGUCAAUGUGUUGAAAUGUUAGUGUUGAAACACAUUAGGAUUUCCUAAAGUGAGCAGUUAAUUUAGCUUCUCUGUCGAACAUGUUUUUACAAAGAUCUUUAGAGCAUCAUACUUGGUAAAGAAGCCAAAUAAACCAUGAAUGGUUUUAACACAAUGGUGUCGCUUUCCUUGUUCUUGGAUCAAAAUAACUAAGAUCUUCCUCCGUAAAUGUAUUUUACAGCUUUGCUGAGUUCGCUGUGUAAUUGUAAUGCAAGAAAUAUAGAUUCAACCAUAAAGGUCUCUAAUAUGAAUUAUAAAAGCAACUCCAUUCAUUACAAUAAAAACAUUAAUCUUUACUUAACUAUUUCUUGUUUUUGGUAGCCAACGGAGUGCACAAAGACACGAUUAUAUCUUUGAGCAGUUUGGUAUUUCAUCCCCGCUGCCCACUGAAGCAGGUCAUGUUUUAUUCAUGAGUCACUGGGUGGAUUGUUUUCUCUCAAGCUGACCACAAGUCUGUCUGCAGUCAUCAAUAUGAAAGGUUAAAGGUCUCGUGUUAGCAUUAGCUCAUUCAGUCUUAUCCAGUAACUGGACACGUCAUCAGUCCAUUAGCUCAUCACUGCUGGGAAAUUCAU